GAAAGACGACGAUGGAGGCAGGCGGCGGCUUGAGCGAGAACGGACUGGUGGCCAUGGAGACGGGUGAGGGGGCGGGAGCGGGUGGGCAGGUGGCGGGAAUGGGCGGCAGCACAGCAGGCAGUCCGGCAGCCGGCGGAGCAGCCGCCAUGGAGACCACAGAGACGAGCCAUGGCGAGGCUGCGGGUGCAGGGAGCAGCAGCAACAACACAAGCAAAGGCCCAGCCGACGAGGGGGAGGCCCAGGCGCAGGCUGAGGUCGAGGCCCUGCUCGAGUCGCUCAAGGACUUUGUGCCCACGAUCCCACCCGAGGUUACGGCCCACUACAUGGAGUCUGCGGGGUGCGUUACGACAGACAUGCGGGUGCAGCAGCUGAUGGCUCUGGCCGCAGAGAAGUUUGUAUCCGACGUCACCAACUCGGCGCUGCAGUUCUGCAAAAUCCGCCAGCAGAGCAAGAAAAAGUCGGCUGCCGACGAUGCCUUUGUGCUGCGUACAGAGGACCUUGUCGCCGCGCUCCGCGACACUGGCAUCAACGUCUCCAAGCCCGAGUACCUCAUCAGCAAGGGCAAGCAGUAAAUGUGUUUACCACG